AUGACGUUAAGUGCAGAAUUGGGCAGCCUUUCAACGACUACGACCUACAUGGAUGACCACGCACUGCCUUUAUCAACCAAGUUGCGGCUCCUGAAGACCAUCGUUAUACCGACGACACUGUAUGAAGCGAAGACUUGGAAAUCAACUGGAAAGAUCAACCGCCAUCUUGACGUCUUCCAAAAACGUUGUCUUCGACAGCUGCUCAAGAUCACAUAUCGGGAUUGCAUUACCAAUGAGGAAAUAUAUCGCCGUGCAGGAGUAGAGCCGCUCCAUGUCCAAGUCACCAAGCGUCGGUUCAGAUUUGCCGAUGCUCUUCAGAAUUGUCAGCCUAAACUUAAGUCCAAACUGAAGAAGAAGUUCCAGUGUGUGUUUGAGGGCAUCGCUAAAGCAGGAAACCCAACCCUUCUGAAUCAGAUCUACACAGAGCUCUACAUCACAGAGGGAGGAACUGCAGAGGUCAAUAAUGAGCAUGAGGUCAGGGUGAUUGAAACAGCAAACAGGACACCAGACAAACCAGAAACAACAAUCAAACAAGAAGACAUCUUUAAAGACUCACUUGAAAAACAGGAACUAAUCAGAACAGUGCUGACAAAGGGAGUGGCUGGCAUUGGGAAAACAGUCAUAACACAGAAGUUCAGUCUCAACUGGGCUGAAGACAAAGCCAACCAGGACAUCCAGUUCAUAUUUCCAUUCACUUUUAGAGAGCUGAAUGUGCUAAAACAGAAAAAGUUCAGUUUGGUGGAACUUGUUCAUCACUUCUUUACUGAAACCAAAGAAGCAGGAAUCUGCAGCUUUGAAGACUUCCAGGUUAUGUUCAUCUUUGAUGGUCUGGAUGAGUGCCGCCCUCCCCUGGACUUCCACAACACUGAGAGUGUGACUGAUGUUACAGUGCCCACUGCAGUUAAUGUACUUCUCACAAACCUGAUCAGGGGGAAACUGCUUCCCUAUGCUCAUAUCUGGAUAACCACACGACCUGCAGCAGCUGAUCAGAUCCCCCCGGAGUAUGUUCACAGAGUGACAGAAAUCAGAGGGUUCACUGACCCACAGAAGGAGGAGUACUUCAGGAAGAGAUUCAGAGAUGAGGAGCAGGCCAGCAGGAUCAUCUCCCACAUCAAGACAUCACGAAGCCUCCACAUCAUGUGCCACAUCCCAGUCUUCUCCUGGAUCACUGCUACAGUUCUGGAGGAUGUGCUGAAAACCAGAGAGGGAGGACAGCUGCCCAAGACCCUGACUGAGAUGUACAUCCACUUCCUGGUGGUUCAGGCCAAAGUGAAUAAGGUGAAGUAUGAUGGAGGAGUUGAGACAGACCCACACUGGAGUCCAGAGACCAGGAACAUGGUUGAAUCUCUGGGAAAACUGGCUUUCGAUCAGCUGCAGAAAGGAAACCUGAUCUUCUAUCAAUCAGACUUGACAGAGUGUGGCAUUGAUAUCAGAUCAGCCUCAGUGUACUCUGGAGUGUUCACACAGAUCUUUAAAGAGGAGAGAGGACUGUACCAGGACAAGGUGUUCUGCUUCAUCCAUCUGACUGUUCAGGAGUUUCUGGCUGCUCUUCAUGUCCAUCUGACCUUCAUCAAGUCUGGACUCAAUCUGCUGGAAGAACAACAAAUAAUCUUCAAGUCUCAAAUAACAGAAUCUGCAAAGAAACACUUCUACAAGAGUGCUGUUAAUGAGGCCUUACGGAGUCCUAAUGGACACCUGGACUUGUUGCUCCGUUUCCUCCUUGGAUUUUCACUGCAGCCCAAUCAGACUCUGCUACGAGGACUGUUGAAACAGAAAGGAAGUAGCUUACAGACUAAUCAGGACACCGCACUGUACAUCAAAGAGAAAAUCAGUGAGAAUCUGUCUGCAGAGAAAAGCAUCAAUCUGUUCCACUGUCUUAAUGAACUGAACGAUCAUUCUCUAGUGGAGGAGAUCCAACAAUCCCUGAGAUCAGGAAGUCUCUCCACAGAUAAACUUUCUCCUGCUCAGUGGUCAGCUCUGGUCUUCAUCUUACUGUCAUCAGAAAAAGAUCUGAAUGUGUUUGACCUGAAGAAAUACUCAUCUUCAGAGGAGGCUCUUCUGAGGCUGCUGCCAGUGGUCAAAGCCUCCAACAAAGCUCUACUGAGUGUGUGUAACCUCCCCAAGAAAUGCUGUGAAUCUCUGCCUUCAGUUCUCAGCUCUCAAUCUUCAAGUCUGAAAGAGCUGGACCUGAGUAUCAACCAACUGCAGGAUUCAGGACUGCAACUUCUAUCUUCUGGACUACAAAGUCUAAAUUGUAAACUGAAUAUGCUGAGACUAAGUCAAUGCAACUUCUCAGAGAGAAGCUGUGAAGCUCUUUCCUUGGUUAUCAGCUCCCAAUCCUCUAGCCUGAGAGAGUUGGACCUCAGUAACUCUGACCUGCAGGAUUCAGGAGUGAAGUAUUUAUUUGUUGGACUGGAAAGUCCAAACUGCAAACUGGAAAUUCUCAGUCUGUCAGGCUGUCUGAUCACAGAGGAAAGCUGUACUUCGCUGGCCUCAGCUCUGAGCUCCAACCCUUCCCAUCUGAGAGAGUUGGACCUGAGCUACAAUCAUCCAGGGGCUUCAGGAACGAAGCUGCUGUCGGCUGGACUGAAGGAUCCACGCUGGAGACUGGACACUCUUAGGUUGGAGCCUGCUGGAGUCCGAUGGUUGAGACCAGGUCUGAGAAAGUAUUCCUGUCAACUCAGAAUCGACGCAAACACAGUGAACACAAACCUCCAACUGUCUGACAACAACAGGAAGCUGCUGGAGGACAACAUGAUCACUUUUCUGAAGAAAAAGCUGAAGAAGAUCCAGAGGUUCUUAGUCCAGAUCACUCCGAAUCCUUAG